GGGAAUUCUUCGCUUCCUUGGAUAAAUAAAUAUUUAGCUAGGUAUUAUAGCAAGCUGGGCAAAGCACUGACGGCAGAUUCAAUCUUCUUGGAAGGUCAAUGAAAUAGCGUGGRAACCUGUUCUUUUAUUAAGUUAUCUGGUUCUGAUAGGGUCUCUAUUGUUCAGCUGCCGAUAAAAAAGACAUUUAAAGACCAAAAAAGAGGCUAAGAGGACAGUAAUCUGUGGUGAACAGCCGUUAGAGUACUUUGAACUUGAAAGACUCAAAGAGUCAUGGCUUUUUUGUAUUUCAUCGUUUUCAUUUGCUGCAUUGAUUUGGUCAUCAGUAAAAACAUCUUAAAGGAAGAAGACAUUAAUCYACUAAAACUAGAAGAGAGGCAACUUGAUAUUGGAGAUGCACCUCAGGUUAAAUCAAUAGGAUGCUACAAAGAUCAGCAGUGGGAUCGAGCAUUUCCAGUAUUCUACAAGAGUAUGAGAGGACACACGCCAUCGGAGAUCAUUAURGGAUGUGCCAAGGCCGCGGUUGCUAACGGGUUCGUGUAUUUUGGUACUCAGUAUGGCGGAGAGUGUUGGGGAGGAAAGGAUGGGUAUCUACGAUACGAUAUGCACGGCCCUGCAGAUAACUGUGAGGAGAAGAUAGGGGCAACAUGGAGCAACUAUGUUUAUCAGAUUGAAAGAGUGGACGGAUAUUGUGUUGCACACAACAAGUUUUACAAAUACAACACUCUCGUGGACGAGAAUAACCCUUGUGAAACAUGCACCUGUCAGUCUGAUGGUCACGUGAUUUGCCAUCAUAAGACGUGUCCCGUUUUGCCAAUGAGUUGUGAGAAAAAGGUUACUCCUUCUGGACAAUGUUGUUCAGUGUGCGCAUGUUACCACAAAAAUAAAUAUUACCAAAAUGGAGAUAGUUGGUCAUGGCCCUUGAAUAAUAAUGGAUGUGAAGAGUGCUCCUGUUCCAAUGACCAAGCCGAUUGUCAGAUCAAAGUUUGCCCUACUUGUAGUGAGUACUUGGACCUACAACCAGGACAGUGUUGUCGGGCUUGUGUCCCAAAGCCCACAAUCAUUAUCCCACCGACAACAGAAGAACCAAUCUUAACUCUUCCUCCAUGGCCUCCAAUCAAGAAAUGAGAAAAUUGAAGAAAGGCGCCCGACCUUUGUAGUUUUUWAAUGUAAUCUCAUUUCCAAAUGAAUUGAAUUUCUGUCUACUUCUCUUAUACACAUUAGAAACAAUUCCGGGGCAAAUGCAUGUAAUUAAAAAAACAAAACAUGUUUGAUGAUGAAUAAACCACGCAGAUAUUAAAGUACACUCAAGCACAUUAAUAAAUAUUGAGACAAAGUU